CAUUUGGUUGAUAUUUGUUGUGCACUACAUUUUAUACUUCCAAUCAUAUAACUUUCUUUUGGAUAUUGCAGUCAGCAACUUGCAGGAUAUUAGGGUAACAACUAUUUGUAGGUUUUAAAGGAUAAUAUCUCAAAGAAUGGCUUGAAACCUGUAGGACAUAUAAAAUAGUAUGAUGAUGAAUUGUAUGGGGUAUCCUAUGCUAGGUUCUAUCUGCUGGCAGAUGGCACAGUUUUCUUUUGGCCAGCACUUGGAUGAAUAGGCACUUGCAGCUAUAGCCCAAAAAAAGAGCGAAAAGAUCGACAAUCACAUGAAUAAAUGAAUGAAGGAUUCUUCUGCAUCAUACCUAAUUAAUCUUUUUUUUUCAUGUAAAGGACUUAUUUGAUUCCUUAUUUGUUGACACAUAAGGUUUGUUGCUAGUCCAUAGACACUAAGAGCAUGGAUUGCCUAUGCUGUCUGCAUGCAUUUAUUUGAAAAGACCCUUUGUAACAUGGGCGUUCGUAUUUUUAGGGAGAGAAUCCUUUGGGACUCUGUUUCUAAAGGUCGAGAGAUAAGAAUGCCCUUUCCUUGGCUAGUGAAGCCUAAACCUUAACUACAGUUAACUAUGUUACAACUCACUCGUAUAGGCUAACUAACCUACAGUUGACUAUGUUACAACUCACUCGUAUAGGCUAACUAACCUAGCCAUUUGGAAUUAACAUUGCCUAAAACUGCAUUACACACAAUAAUUAAGUCAACGUUAUCAUUAGUAAAUCCAUCUAAAUCCUAUACACUAAAAUAACUCAUGAUCAAGAAUUGAUAUGAGAUUCUUUGGUUACCACAACCUAGUCAUUUGGAUAUAACAUUUCCUGGGACUACCAUGACACAAAAUACUUAAAGUCAGUAAAGAUCUAUGUACUUGUAUAUAGGAGUCAUUUGGAAAUAACAUUGCCUAUAACUACACAACUCAGAUUACUUGAGUUGAUGUCUUAAUUGGUAGGUCCAUCUGAUAGAACUCACCAUCAAUUCUUGAUAUGAGACUAUUGGGGUAUUACUAACUAGUCAUUGGAUAUAACAUUGCCUAUGAGUAUGUCCAUCUAAUCGUAUAAUACUAUUAAGGUAUAUAAUAUAUCACAAUCUUUUCCACUUAAAAUAUUAAUUUGCUCAUAGAGACCUAAUAAUAUAUAUGGUCUAUAAUUCACCUUUGGGGUUCCAAUGUGAGUUUGACCGUCCAAGAAAGUCUCCAUUUUAUUGUGUAUCAAGUAGCCCCAUAUCUCAGCACAUGUCACCCAUACUCGGUGGCCCGCUGAUUUGUUUUGACACCAAUCAUCAUGAUAUGGUCUGGUAUCUGACAGAUUUGGUGACUCGGAUAUAAUGAGUCUAGCAGUAUAUGAUGCAUGGUAAGCACAAGCUUUUGGUAGAGAUGACAUUGGUCUUUGGCCUGCAUCUUUGGGCACUGGGGCAACUAGUGUUGCACUAAAUUUGCUUAACGCAACCAAAGAAAAUGCAAGUUGAAGAAGGAACUAGCGUUUUAUGCCAAAGCAGCAAGCACAACAAUGUGGAGCACACAUCUAGUUAUACCUGUAAUGUUUGAGAUUGAGUCAUGACAAAUGAAACAUUUUCUUGAUUCUUCCUAGUCUCCAGAGAAAGAUUGUCAGUGACUUGCCAACACAUUUUCCAGAAGAGGAAAAUAGCAAUAUGGCGAUGAGAUUGGGAUGAUUCAAUUCAACCAUGGGAUGACAGCAGACUGGUGUCUGGAUAAUGGUGGAGUGGCAGCAUGUUGAUGGACUAGACCUAUGAAGCCCAAACCCUGGCUACAACUGAUUAGACAAGUCAUCACUGAUAUAGUGCUGCAUACAUGUUAGUAUGGUUGAAUACCUUUAUGAGAUAGAUUAUCUUUGAGGUGAGACAUUUGACCAAACCUGUUUGACAAUGGAGUGUCUUCUACUCUUUCUUGUGUUUUAAUUAAUUGUCUUACUACGCCCAAGAUUCUAAUUGGCUUUCGUGGGUAUUGAUCAGAAAAGCCCUGGGUUUUGAUUGGGUAGGACUUUUGUGUCAUUCCAGGACAAUAGGCCCUAGAAUCAGCACAUUUCCAAUGCUGUUAUGCAAUUCAAGGGAUCCAGAGGCAUAGGUGAGUCGCAUGUCUUGCAAAGAGGGUGGCCUAUGAUGCUUGUUCUUUUGCUGGAAUUGAGUGUGUAGAAACUCACGGUUGCUAGGCACUGUUCUGUUUGUAGUAUCCAUAUCAAAGCUGUAGUAGCUGUGGUCUGCUGCUUUAUAAUCCCAGCCGCUGAUAAGAACCCAUGUUGUAUAUUCUAAAGAGAAGAUUAUAAGGACGAAGAUGACAGAGACAACACAAGUGAUUUCCUUUUUUAUCUGCAGUAGUAUUUUGCACAAUGAAAACUUUUAGGAAGUGGAACCUGUGUUGGUGGCUAUAAUUACACUUGGUGCAUAUAUGAUAACUAAUGCAUGGAUGCUUACAGAAAAAGCAAAGGCUGCCAAACCAAGGAGCCACUUCGGAUGGCGAAAUGCUUGAUGGUCAAAUAGUGAAGUACCAACCAUUGAUCGAUGAAGCAGCCAAAGCAAUGCUAAGGCAGAUACUAAAGAUGACUAUGCUAGAAUCUUUGAUCAAUUUGGAUAAUCAUUUGAUAGAGAACUUCCAGUCUCUGUCUGAAACAUUUGAAAGGUACUUCAAGUCAGAGUUCUCGCAUUCUACUGCAGCGGUAGCAGAAAUGAUUGGAACAGUUAAAUUGACCAACAUAGGAGUGUUAUCUGCAGUUCCAGGGUACAUUGCCCCAUCUACGAUACUAUUGACAUUCCAGUUGGGAAUCUGGUGGUGGAUUUGCCAUAGAAUUUGUAUGUUGGUGCAUGUGUCAGAGAAUUUGUAUGUCAAUCCACUGACAUUAGAUGAGGCAAUGCGACUUGAGACAGAUGAUUUUUUGGCACAUACCGAUAUUAACUUUCAUGAUGAUGAAGAGAAACUCCCUGACAUUAUGUAUGCAUUUUGAUAGUGGUUAUUCACGUCUAGCCCUCUGUCAAGUCCAGCUUACAGGGAGCAAUGUGCAGAGGCCUCAUUGAAUGAUGCUCUAACAUAUGGAUCAUCUUACACAUAGAUGGGGCUUCUUUCAUCAGACACCAAUAUUUAGUAUGGUAUUUGCCUCUCUCUCGUUGCCUCUAGUUACUCUGGGAGCACCCUUGACAGCAGUCUAUUUUGCUACCAAAUGUCCUGCCUCCUUUAAUAUUCUAGGUAGUUCUAAAAAAUUCGUCACUAGCUUGUCCGAUUGAUGCCUCUGUGUUUUCACAUGAAGCUUUUUUAGAGUGGAACUUUUGCU